UCUGCAUUUGCGCUGCGCAUGCGCGAAGAUUCGCUCGACGUCCUGAUUGGCUGUCGCCCAGGGAAUUCCUGGGGUCCGAAGCUCGGCGACUUCAGUGCGCUCGCGCGGAGAUCCCAUUCACGAUGACCAGCUGCUAGCUGUCUGCUGUUAUCGCGUCUUGCCUAUCGACAAGGAUGUGUAGUUGCGAGCUUACGUGAGAUCGAUUCUUCCAGGACGACGUCGAAGGCGAGAGCGAGGGUGCCGCGAGGGCACGCGCGGAACAGCUGAUCGGGGAGACUCGGAUCCCUUACGUCGCCGUCUUUUCGUGAGUCUCGAGUCUUUGACAGGUCCGUCUUGUCGUCAUGGCGGGUUUCGUCCUCCGGGUGAAGACCAAAUCGGGUCAGAAGAUCGUCAACGGCCUCGCGCCCCAGGACAAAGUGUCCCAGCUGAAGGCGAAGCUGGCCGAGCUCACCGGGAUUCCUGUCGCCGCUCUCCACGUUCUCGUUGGAUUCCCGCCGAAACCCGUCGACCUGGACGCGCCCGACGUCACCAUCGAGCGCGUCGGCAUCAUCUCCGGGGACACCCUCAUCGUCGAGGAGAAACAGAUCGUGUUCAAUAGACCCAACGAUUAUGGCCGUUCACACAUUGUUGACCAGGAGAGCUUUGCCAAUGUUCCUGGUGUUCUUAUGAGGAAGGUUGUGCCUGCAGACAACUCUUGUCUUUUCACCAGUGUCGGUUAUGUUCUAAAUGGGAAAGUCGAUACCAGUUGCGCCAGUUUCAUGAGGGAGAUCAUAGCAAACGCGGUGGCUGCGGACUCGGAUGAAUAUUCGGAAGCGUUUCUGGGGAGACCCAAUGCCGAAUAUUGCAAGUGGAUCCUUAAAGCCGAUUCUUGGGGCGGCGCCAUCGAAUUAUCGAUUCUAUCCAAGUUUUACGGCUUGGAGAUAGCGGUGAUCGACAGCAUUAACGCAAUCAUCAAUAGAUUCGGCGAGGAUCAGCAUUAUGCUCAGCGGGUUUUCCUCAUAUUCGACGGCAUCCAUUACGAUCCGCUCUACCUGGAGCCUCUCGACGGUGGCAGCAUCCAAACGAUCUUUCCUACCGAAGAUGAGAGGAUAUUACGGGAAGCCGCCCAGCUCGCGAGAGAGGCGAGAUCAAGUCGUCAGUUCACGGACGUGCAAAAGUUUCGGCUGAUGUGCAUCGAUUGCAAGAUCACCUUGAACGGGCAAGCGGCUGCGCAGCAACACGCCAAGGACACCGGUCACACGAAUUUUGGCGAAGUGAUGGCGUAGCCUCGCAUCGACAGCCCACAACACUAUUUUAGGUCACUCUUCGGUGACUAUCCUUGACCCUAAACAGUAUACAACAAUAGUCUCUUCUUCGAUUCGGAGAUGCCCUCCGGAUGUGUUCUGGGUUCAUUCAUUUAUUCACAUUAUGCAUAUUUACGCUACUGCAACACCUUAUAUAAUAUAAGUACUUAUUACUACAGAUUCUUUCUACUGCAAAAAUCGAAUAUUUCGUGCGUAUCUGGAAAGGAUAGGAGGGAGGGAGAGAAAAGGAAAGAGAAGCAUGAGUGAUAUUUUUAUAAAUUAAAGUGAUAUGUAAAUUAUCCAAUUAUAUAUGCUAGGAAAUAAUUCGUUAAUUUCUAGUAAUUAUAUAUUUUUUA